AUGGCUUCCAAGCACGCCAUCACUCGUACAGCAGCACAGAAAACGAUUCCCCACGGUACGCGGUCGGCAAGCAGCCGAGCAGCUUUUCUCGCAACCCAAGCGCAAGAAGCCUCAUCGUCCCGCGCCGCCACCUUGGCAUAUUCCGCCCGCGCGCAACAGAAACAAUCGCACCUCCGCAGAUCCAUCUUCACUAUUGUCGUCGCCGGAGGCCUGGCCAGCGCCUCGCAAUUCUACCUCAACAACGGCCAUUUCCUCCAACAAACCCACGCCGAAGCACCGCCGCGGGAAGAGGACAAUGUGCCCAUCAUUGAACAGUCGAGGAAGAAGGCGGGCGUGUCAGUGGAGGAGAACCGGGACAUGAUCAGCAGUCAGCAUCAUCAGGUCAAGAAGAGUUGGGAGAAUCCGGGGGUUUAUGCGUGGGGGAGCAAUACGGGGAGGGUGGCGGCGCCGGACAGCAAUGAGAAUGUCAUCAAAACGCCGCGGAGGAUGGCGUGCUUUGAUGGGAUGUUGUUGCGAGACAUCAAGCUGGACCGCAAUUUCGGAGCGGCCAUUGAUGAGGAGGGAAAUUUGCUGCAAUGGGGGGUCGGGUACGCCGCCGACACCAAAGCGCCCGUGAGGACUCUGGCGGGGAAGAAUCUGGUGGAGUUGGCCAUUUCCCGCGAUCGGAUCCUGGCCUUGUCCAAGGGCGGGAAGGUGUACAGCAUUCCCGUUUCGGCGGAAGAGCAGCGGUCGGGAAGCAAGCCGUCGGAAUCCUCGUGGAUCCCAUUUGUGUCGAGUAGCAGUCCCAUCGCAUACCGCACGCUUGCCCCGUCCAAUUUGGCGUCGGGAGAGAAGAUUGCGGCCAUUUCGUCGGGACUGGAACACGCCCUCCUCCUCACAACCGCCGGCCGCCUCUUCUCCACCGCCUCAGCCUCGGAUUCCUUCCCGUCAAGAGGACAGCUCGGAGUUCCCGGUCUGACCUGGUCCACGCGGCCGGAAGGAAGCUUCGACCAACCCCAUGAAAUCACCACCCUGCGAGGCUUCCCCAUCAAAUCCAUCGCCGCGGGAGACUACCACUCCCUCGCAUUGGACGCCGAGGGGAGAGUCUUUGCCUGGGGAGAUAAUGCUUCCGGCCAGCUGGGCUUCGACUACAACCCCGAGAGUUCCAUCGUCGAUGCCCCGUCCCUCCUCUCCACCGCAAAACUCUACUCCGGCUCCGGCCAGCAAGCCAGAAUCACCUCCAUCGCGGCGGGUGGAAGCAAUUCCUACAUCACAGUCGACGCCACCAAAGUCGCCGCCCAGUCACGAGGCAAGAAUUCCGAAGAGGAAGACCCUCGAGCAAGACUCCAAAUCGGCAGAGUCACCGCCGAUACCUUUUCCUUUGGCGCCGGCAUCACUGGAAGUCUAGCCAAUUCCCGAUGGACUCACGUUCAAAGCACCCCGACCAAAAUCCCCACCCUGUCCGGCCUCUUCGAAUACGACGAACAAAACAACACAGCCGUCCCCAUCCGCCUGGCAAAACUCAGUGUCGGAUCCACCCACGCCGCAGCCGUCAUGGCCAACAUCACCAAAACGUCCAUUCAGGGUCAAAAGGGCGACACCGACGACGACACGAACUGGGGCGCCGAUGUCGUCUUCUGGGGUGGCAAUGAACAUUACCAGCUGGGUACGGGGAAGCGGAAUAAUGUCAAUGUGCCCGUGUAUUUGCAGCCGCUGGAUGCCGAAGCUGAAGUCAAGCGGGCGAGGAAGAGUACGGGUGGUAAGGAAGAGCAUCGAUUUCAUGUCACUCCGCGAGCAGAGGUGAAACUGGGGGAUGGCAGGAGGAGGAGCGUGGAGCAGAGAGUCGAGUGUGGGAGAGGGGUUAGUGGUGUUUAUUCGGCGACGUAA